AUGAGGGUGGUGUCGUCCGCGAACUUGAGCAGCUUCACAGAGUCGUGGCUGGGGGUGCAGUGUGAGGAGGUGCAGUGGGAGGAGGUGCAGUGUGAGGAGGUGCAGUGGUUGGAGGUGCAGUGGGAGGAGGUGCAGUGUGAGGAGGUGCAGUGGUUGGAGGUGCAGUGGGAGGAGGUGCAGUGGGUGGAGGUGCAGUGGGAGGAGGUGCAGUGGUUGGAGGUGCAGUGGGAGGAGGUGCAACGGGUGGAGGUGCAGUGGGUGGAGGUGCAGUGGGAGGAGGUGCAGUGGUUGGAGGUGCAGUGGUUGGAGGUGCAGUGGUUGGAGGUGCAGUGGGAGGAGGUGCAGUGGUUGGAGAUUAUGAGGCUUAUGUGCAGCUCCUGGAUCAUCCGCCGACACAGACCGGCUCCAGGGGCUUCAGCAGCGACGGUUUCAUCUCGUGCCCAGCUUGGUGCUCGUCUCCUGGGCGGACGCGGUGCCAUCAGCCCCUUCGGCGGAACACAGAUGGAGCAGGAGGUGUGCGUUCCCAUGGACAGGCUCCGACACACUCUACAUGAAUGUCCGUGUCUUCAGCUGCUCCCGUGA